AUAGAUAGAUAGAUAGAUAGAUAGAGAGAUAGAGAGAUAGAGAGAUAGAUGUUUGUGGUGCGUUGCUAGGCAACCGUUAGCAUUGUUGUUCUGUGGUGGUCGUGAUUCUCGUGGCUUUUCCGCCUGUUGGGUCCCCAGAAGAGACGCAGCCGCAGGAACCAUGUCGAGCCCGGAGGAGCAGGCCAACCUCGGCAGGGCGCUCGACUUUCUUCGCCGGUGGGACCGCGGCGACGGGCCGGUUCGGGUCCGCCUGCUGAGGAGCUUUCUGAACCGAAACGCGAGGAAGACGUUCUACGAGCUGGAAGUGGACCUGGCGCAGACCGCCAGCCUGCUUCUGGCUCGGAUCACCGUCUGGAUGAGAGUCUCAUUCACGGCUGAAGGCUUCUUGGCUCUCCAGCUGAAGGCUCUUGGGAUUUUUCUUUCUGCUUCCAACCACGAUCAGUACCUGAUGGAGUUCCUGCAGGGCGGGGGCGUUGUCAUCCUCCUGGACGUCCUCAGCAGCUCCCAGGUCCAAAAUGACGACAAGACGGAAGCUCUUCGUCUUCUGCUGAACAUCUCAGAUGCUGGUCGCAAAUACAAAGAGUUUAUUUGUGAGCAUAACGGUGUGGAAAUCUUAUCAGACUGCAUGGUGGGUUCGGACGGAGGGGACGCUGCAGGGGCUCUCCUGGAGUCCCUGUCACAUGGAAACCCCAAAUACCAGGACCAGAUCUAUAGAAGCCUGAUUGGCCUCCUGACCCGGGUCCGGCCCAGAGCCCAGCUGCUGCUGCUGCAAACCUUACGCUCCGUACAGCUCAAACUGGGUCCAGCACAUGACGGCAUUGUGGCUCCUCUGCUGAACACGCUCAGGUCCCUGCACCUCGAUGUCCAGGAUGAAGCUUGUAAUCUGAUCAGAGACCUGAUGGGUGACGGUGUGAGAGUGAAGCUGCUCUCUGGACUUGUUGCUCUCCUGAAGCCCGUCGAGGAAGAGACAAGAGAACCUGAGGUGACCGGAUCGCUUGCCGUCUUUGUCCAACAAGCUGCAGCAGCGACAGCGAUCCGGUCUUUGGCUGAGGAAGAUGAGGAGAUUUCUCGUGAGCUUCUUUCUCUUGGAGUCGUUCCAAACCUCCUGUAUGCGUUGGGGAACCAAGAACACGGCGAGGCCCAAAUCCAAGCCAGCCUCGCCUUAGAGCACUUUGUACGCUCAGAUCCGAGCGUUGGAGCUCAUGUGCGCAGAGUCAUGGGCAGCCAGCUGUUUGCGGCCUUCACUCACAGCAAAGCAGACACUUUACACAUGAAAAUGGAUAAAAGACAAGCAGAAGUUCUGCUAUCAAACCAUCUCCACAUUGAUCCAGUUUUGGACGGUGUUGUCUGACUGCUGACCGGAGGAGCUUUUCAUUUCAGCCUCACGUCCUAAAGACUGUUAAAACAAUUCACGCAUUCAAAACAAAAAUCCUAUUUGUGUCCAAGGGAUUGGAAUUUGUGAGGACAAAUAGUUUCUUAAUUUCUAGUCUUUAAUUAAAUAAAGAUUAAAUGAAGAGCCA